AUGAACGUGGCACGCGUCAUAUUUGGUCGAAAGCAAUGUUACUCGACAUCUUCUAAAGGCUGGAUUCAAAGGCAGGCUCGCGAUCCGUUUGUGAAGGCCGCGAAAUCGAACCAAUUCCGUGCUCGCAGUGCCUUUAAACUUGUUCAGCUCAAUGAUAAAUACCGCGUUCUGCGGAACGGAUAUACCGUCAUCGAUUGUGGGGCCGCUCCAGGUGGCUGGACUCAGGUGGCGGCUAAAAAGGUUCAGGGCAAAGGUCUUGUGAUUGGCAUUGAUCUGUUGCCGAUCGAUCCGAUUCCCGGUGCCCACUUGAUCCAGGGCAACUUUAUGUAUCCCCAAACUCAGGCCUCUGUUCGAACUAUCCUCGGUGAUCGCAAAGCCGACUUGGUAUGCUCUGAUAUGGCACCCAGUUUCUCCGGAAAUCAUGUAGCAGAUCAUGCUCGUUCAAUGGAACUUUGUGAAUCAGCUUUAAUGUUUGCUCAAACGACUCUCAAACCAGGAGGUGCGUUUAUUGCCAAGUUCCUCAUGGGAGGAAGUGAAGUUGAAUUCCGGAAAAAGUUGCAGACACUCUUUGGCAAAGUGAAACAAGAGAAGCCUGAAGCGUCACGCAAAAAGUCGACAGAAGGAUUCUUUGUAGCAUUGAACUAUUUGCCCUCCAAAUGA